GCAUAGUCUUCCAGCAAUUCAAGAAACUGUGUUGAAGAGAUAAAGUUUACAGAAGAGACUGUUAUCAAUUUUGAGUCCAGACUUUCAGAGUGUUUGGCCUUAUAAAGGGAUCCAAAGUUGGACUUAUGGUUCAUGUAUCUCAUAUGUGUUGUGGAUCUAGACUACUGGAUUUUCAGAAUGACCUUUUGUGCUUAAUAGAUGAGCAGCUGUGUCAUAAGAAGCAAUUGUACUGCCUCUCAUUCAAUACAGAAAUUUCACUACUGUGGGAGAGUCCAAAAACCAUCAAUAUUCACGUGCUACAUGAAGCAAGACAGUGGAUACAACAGCUGGAGCCUGGUCAAGGCUGCAAUAUGCUGAAAGCCUUAAAACAUGUUCUUACAAUAAAAGAACUGAAUUCUCUGGUUCUUAUUGUAGGAAGCUGCCCUGAUCAGUCUUUGGAAAUACUGUCUGGCUAUGCUCAACAGUGUAUGCUGGGGAGAAAACUGCACACUCAUGUCAUUACAUAUGAUUGCAGCAAUCCUGCUUCUCUUGCAAUUCUAAAGAACCUUGCAGAAGCUGUAAGUGGGCGUUACCAUUGCUACUCUUCAAAGGGAGAGAAUUUUGAUAGCAGUGAUUUUCAUUUACUGCUUCAGGAAUCCCAGAAAGCUAAGGACCUACUCAAGAGCAUCAAAUGGACUUUUCAAAGAAAAACUGAUGGCUCACUUAUUGGUAGAAUAACAGAUGUUUCCACAGAACUAGCUAAGACAGCACCUUCCAACUUCUUACCAAAGCCUUCAAAGCAUGAAGGACCAUUAGUUAUUCAAACACCUUGCACACUGGCCAAAACCUCAACAGACUGGCUGAAGACAUAUGGAUUGAAAGCUAAAAAGUUAGACCUUUAUCAAGUUUUGGCUCCCAAUGCUUUUUCUCCCGUGGAAGAAUUUGUACCUAUUCUUAAUAAAAAGGUAUCAUCAACUCUACAUGAGAAAGCAAUGAUGCGGUUUGAAUGGUAUGAUGGAACUGUAAAACAUAUCCAUGUUGACCUGCCAGCAUUAUACAGCUAUCAGAAACUCCUUGCUAAAAUGGUGAGAAUCUAUGAGAAACGAAUUGACUGGUUGUCUGUUGCUAGCAGAAGAAUAUGGGGAAGUGUUUGUGAAAGGAGGGUGGUUAUACUUGUUGAUGUGUCAGUGACAAACUCCAUGUACAUCACCCAUAUCCAACAUUCUUUGCGACUUUUACUUGAGGAACAAAUGUCAAAUAAGGAUUCCUUCAAUAUUAUAGCAUUUGGGAGUGAUGUUGUGCCUUGGCAGCUGGAACUGGUUCCUUCCCAACCAAAAAACUUACAAAAUGCUUGGAGGUGGGUGCUGAGUUUGAAGUGCGCAGGGAGUAGAAAUUUCAUGAGUGCACUUAGGAGAGCUGUGGAAGUAGACUUCAAAGACAGAGAUAAACACAAAUCACAGGGACUUUACCUACUGACCACUGGAAUACCUGAUCAGGAAACACACAUAAUCAGUGCUUAUGUGGCUGAGGUUUGCAGAGGGUUUGAUUUGCAGCUUCAUGUCUGUCUGUUCAGUGUAAUGGAGGACAUUGGAUCCAAUGGGAUUAUUCCACCCCGCUAUGCUGACCCAACUGAAACUGCCGUGGCUUUUAAGGAGAUAGUACAGGCAGCCAAUGGGAGGUUUCAUUGGUUUGGAGAAGCAGGUAUUUUUGAAAGUGAUGAUAUAAAUAGAAUUGUGUCUGAAAUGGAAAAAGCAAACAACUACUCCCAAAAGUGUGCAUUCCUAGUGGAAUCCUUAAAGCAACGGUCAGUAGAUCAGUCUGUUAAUCCACUUAUACCAGGAAGAGAUUCAAGUAUGGUUAUGAAGAAAGAGAAAAGAAGGUCACAGAAGUUACCAUCUCCUAAACCCACAGCUCUGAGCUUGGCUAGAAUGUCUAUGAAAGACAGCCACGGUGCAGAGAGAAAUGCUUCUAUGAGAGUACUGGCAUGGCGUCCUACUAGUGCCAAGGCAGAAAUUCCACCAGCACAAACAAUAAAAGAAUGGCCUCAGACUGAGAAUAAAAGAAAGCAUAAAGCAAGAAAGCAGCCAGAAUUUUCUGUGUCUGUAUUUUAUACUGAUAAAGGAAGAAACGUGGGUACAGUAUACAGAAAGUACCCAAAGAUAAUGUGCAUAAGAAAGUCCAUUCCAUCUGUUACAUUGCCAAAGAAAGAGGAAAUCUGUUCAAGCAAAGAGUGGCUGACCAAAUACAGCAUUAAAAAGUUGAAACUGGAUUUGUCCAAACUGCUGUUUGGUCCAGGAUGUACUCACCAAAAGAAAACUAUGGAGACUCUGCAGAAGAAAGUAUCAGCAAAAUACUGUGCUAUCUUCCCUAGUGCAGAAAUCAAUGGGGUUGUGAAACAUCUGCAUUUUCAACCAAAAGAACUGGAAAUCUACACUGAACAACUGGAGAAAGUAUUGCAGCGCUAUGUAGAAAGAAUACAGUGGCUUCUCUCAGGAAGCCGAAGAUCGUUUGGCACCAUUUUAGAAGCAAAUGUCUGUAUUUUGGUUGAUACAUCUGGUUCCAUGGACCCAUAUUUGCCACAUAUCACAAAAGAACUUGCCUCUCUUAUCUGGGAACAACUGAGACAAAAGGAAGUCAGAUUUAACUUGCUGAGAUUUGCAGAAAACAUAGAGAGCUGGAAGGAGUGUCUUGUAGAGGCAACUGAUAAAACAUGUCAUGAUGCUGUGCAGUGGGUCUCCAAAUUGCACGCUCAUGGUAAUACAUGUAUCCUUAUGGCUUUACAGAAGGCUCUUAGUUUCCAAGGUAUAGAGGCACUGUAUGUAUUGACUGAUGGAAGACCAGACACCAGUUGCAGUCUAAUUUUGAAAGAAGUUGAGAGGCUGAGAAAGAAACAAGAUAUUAAAAUCCACACCAUUUCUUUUAGCUGUACAGACAGAGGAGCUAAUGAAUUUCUGAAGAAGCUUGCUUCCCAAACUGGAGGGCGCUACCAUUGCAGUUUUGGAGAUGUCGAUGGCCAACUAGCAGCACACAGAAUGUUGAUGGAGGGGCUUGAUGAUGAUGAUGAUCCAGUUUUCCCCUGUUUUGAAGGAGAUGAUUUAAAGAUCCUUACUCAAGAAGUAUCAAAAGCUAGAAGUUUCUUAAAGCAGGCAAAAUCUUUGAGGUUACUACUUCAAAAAUGGAAUACGAACCAAAAAGACAUUUUACAAAAUGCUCAGGAUUAAAUUUUAUACAAAGAAAAGGUGCUGAAGAGGUUUGGAGUAGUACCAUUAGCCUGCUUCUUUUUAGAGUCUCCUUGAAGCUCCCAGCUUUAAGAAGAAAGAGGGAAGAUGUUAUUCUUUGUUGUCUCAACUUCUGGCAAGAGAAGAGUUACAAAUGAUAAGUGCUACUGACUUACUCCACUUGCAGGCUUUGCUGGACUCAAAGUAAAACAAGCCCUGUUUAAACUCUCCAAAGUUUAAAUAUAAGUAGAGGAUAUUUUUCAAUAUAGGAAAUACAAAUUUUGAAAGUGUGUGUAUUGCUAAUAUAAUGUAUUAGUAGUUACAGAGUUAUAACAUGUAGUCAUACAGAAUCACAACUUUUGCAUCUAUUCCACUGCAUCAUACUGAUAAUUGCUUCAGUCACGUGGUGCUGUGUUCAAAAUGUCUUUUUUGGCAAUUGGUUUGAGAUUUGUUUGCUGGUGCUCAUUAUCCCUAACAGAUCAUAGAAUCAUAGAGUGGUAGGGGUUGUAAGAGACCUUUAGAGAUCAUCUAGUCCAACCCCCCUGCAGAAGCAGGUUCACCUAGAUGAAGUCACAUAGGAACAUGUCCAGGCAGGUCUUGAAGACCUCCAAGGAAGGAGCCUCCACAACCCCUCUGGGCAGCCUGUGCUACUGCAGGUGAUACAGAUUGCUAUGAUACUAAAAGGAGAAUUCUUUAUGCCAGUUUUGCACAGAAAGUCCAAGAAAUAAGCCUACCAAGGAAACAAAAAAAGCUUGGGAUGAAUGUUUUGCCAAAACAAGUUUACUAAUAAUUAUUUUGUCUCUUUGCUUUUUAUGUUGUCAGUAGAGAAUGAUUUAAAGUUGGUCAUUCGGGAAGCAGACAUGCAAACAAGUAAUACCUUGUUGCUGAUAAAGUCUGAAUCUUCUAAGCAGUUCUGUUGAAUUCUUCUGCAUUUCUUGUCCUAGAAAGAUUUAAAAGAUGUUUACCAGUACCUUAUAAGAAUAUCCAGUUUAAGCUAACUGCAGUAAUGAGGCCUUUAUUUUUCCAGCUGAUUUAUGAAAUUCAUUUCUUCUUUAACUGAGAAAUUCUACCAUGACGGCUCAUUAGUAAAAAGUUUUGUGGGUGUUUACUGUUGUCUUUCAGAGGGUUAGGAAGUCAUCUCUGAUGUUUAACAUAUGUAAUAUUUAAUAAAUAUGGACUUCCUAUGAAAAUUUAAUAAAAAUAGAUUCAGACUGAAAAAUUAAUCUCUGAAUUUAUUCAGGAGCCAUUUGCAUCUCCUGAGUGCCAGCUGAUGGGAAUGACUAUAUAUAUGCUUUAGUAUGGGAGAUACUGUCUUUUCUG